GUCAUUUGAUUUAUUUUUGUGAUUCCAUUUCCAUUCCAUCAAUUUAGAAUAUAAAUACAAUGAUGAUAUAUGUGAAAUUGCAGUAAAUAAAUCAAAAAUUCCAUCAUGUACAAAUUUGAUAGUUCUAUCAUCAAACUAGCGAACAUAGAAAUGUUAGGACACAAUAAGUCUAGGAUUCCUGGCUUGUUUCGUUCGGUCAGUACAUCGAAUUGGAAAUAUUCGAACCACUAUGAUGCUUUGGGAGUAACUCCGAAGGCGACACAAAGUGAAAUCAAGUCGGCAUAUUACAAACUAUCCAAAAUUUAUCACCCAGAUAAAUCUGAUGAUGAGACAUCAGCAAAAAAAUUCAGAGCAAUAUCUGAAGCCUAUGAAGUUCUUGGCAACAUAAAACUGAAGAAAUUGUAUGAUAAAGGUUUGAUGGUUGGACAUCAGAAUACAUCAAGAAUGGGCUACCAGCCUGAACCAGAGCCAACAGACCCUUCUCUCAAAUUUUAUAAGUCUCGUUUGAAAUCCCAUAUAAUUCCUACUAUGGAUGGAAAAGUUCCUAUUUAUGACUUUGACUCUUGGGCCAAGAAUCACUAUGGAGAUUUGUUCAAAAAAUCACAAUAUGAUAAAGAUUUAGUGAAUAAAAAGAAGAGGAAAAUUAAAGCCCUUAAUACAGCCUCAAAACAGGAGGCAAUCUUAUACCUUGUGUUCAUAAUAUGUGGGGUUUUACUAAUGUCGGGUGUUGGCUCAACAGAUUAUGAUAAAGACACAACAAGACACAUAAAGAAUGAUGCCAAACCAAAUCAAAAUUUAUCACUUGACUAAAAUUAUGCAAAUUAAUGUAGUAAAUAUCAAUAAUUACUUGUAAUGACACAUACCACAUUUACAUUGCUUAGAAGAACAGGCUAACUCUCGCCAUUUUUAUGCUAAAUAUCUACCUAUAUAUAAAUUCGAGAGUUUGUAAAUAUUUUUGGAUUGUCACUCUUUCAUGCACAAACUACACUAAACACUUUUUCAUUAAGCUUUGCAGUAAUAGCUAAUAUUGUAAUAAAAGAAGUAAGGUUAAAUUUAUAGAGAUUUAAGACGAAGUUACGGGCAGUUAACAGUUAGAAAAUAAAAAUAUAUAAGACUUUUGUUAUGGGAUACAAUGCACUUAAAAGCAUAUAAAAACUUACACCUAAUCAACAAUUUGUGUUUGCAAAUUUAUUCAGUGUUUGCAAUGUAAGUGUGGUAUUAAAAUUAUCAUAUAAUAAUUGAUAUUUUCUUCUAGAUAUAUUGUAUAUAAAGUGUACAUAUUUCAAAUACUUCCAUAGCUGUAGACAAAAUGUGAUAUUAAUUUAUUAAAAAUGCGUCAAGAUUUUAUUACUAACCCAAAUAAAAUGUGUUAUUUUAUUAUA